CCUGACGUUUAUUGGAUCACAUCAGUGCCACCUAACGUAUAAAUACUGAGAACUCGAUGAGCUCCCCCCACGUCCCAGUUCAGGAUCCCUCAGGUGUCCUCUUCUCUGGUCAUCAUGUGGGGCUUUGCAGUAAUCCUUGCGCUGGCAGUUUUGUCUGGCUGCCAUGCCAGAGGUGUGCCUCAGCGCGACAGCAGGAACCCCUGGGAGGUGACCCUCGACGAGUUCAAGGACUAUUUCACAGACCUGAGCUCGAAGGCCGAUGGCGUUGUGAAGGACAUCAAGAGCUCCCCGGUCAGCAGAGAGCUCGACACCCUGAUCCAGGACAGCAUGUCUGAGCUGGCCACGUACAGGGAGGACCUGCAGACCAAGCUGGCUCCCUACACCCAGGAGGCCGCCGAGCGCCUGGGCACGGACCUGCAGAAGAUGGCCGACAAACUCCGCAAGCACAUGGACGAGGCCCGGCAGCAGAUGGAGAAGUACACCCAGGAGCUGCAGACCAUGAUGGAGCAGAACGCCGAAGACGUCCGGGUCAGGGUCUCGGCCUACAACCGCAAGAUGACUAAACGCCUCAACAAGGACUCACAGGAGAUCAAGAGACACGUAGCUGAGUACUUUGAGGAGCUUCAGACUCGCACCUCGGACAACGUGGGGGAGAUGAAGACACGUUUUGAACCUUUCCUCGCUCAGGUGCAAGACAACGCACAAGCGAAGAUCAGCACCCUGAACGACCUGCUGAAGUCACAGACGGACACCAUGGUGGACAAGAUCCAGACCACAGUCGAGGACAUCAGGGAGCACUUUGAGAAAACGUCCGAAAACAUGCGAUCCGCCCUGGAGGAGAGGAUGGUGGAGGUGCGCAACUGGUUUCAGCCGUAUGUGUCCAUGAUCAGGGAUAACCUGUAAAACGCUGUUAUCACACAGUCCAGACCGACAGCAUGCAAAACCACCUGUGAAGAGUCUAAAUGGAUUAAUAAAUGAAUAUACUCAUCGAGGAAAGUAUUUUUUUUUUUAUCACUGAUGUCCACCACAGUUUAAAUGUGUCCUUCAAUAAAGAAAACAGCUGCUCACAUUUGAGUAAAAAGCCA